AUGAAUUCGAGCAAGAUGGCUGAUGACUUGAUCGCGCAAACUUCAAGUCGAAGCAUCGGGGGUACAAUAAUGGAAGUAGCUCUUUGUAGUGUGAUUGGCAUGUUUGCCCUAUUUGGAAACGUUCUCGUUGCAUUCGCUGUAAUUCGCAGCCCAAAACUUCGGACCUCAACGACUACUAUGUUUAUUCACGCGCUGGCGAUCGCCGACAUACUUACUGCGGUAAUCUGUGCACCGAUUACGUGUGCGAUACUGGCAUCAGACGAUUGGAUAAACACGCACAUUCUUUGUCAAAUCCAAGGGUUUUCAGUUUUUACACUGGCUUUGAUGUCAAUAGGAACCUUGGCGCUCACAGCCGUCAACCGCUUCUUUCGCGUGGCGAAACCUGCACUUUACAAGCGUUUCUUCACGAAGAGAAACUCGUGGCUUUUAAUUGGCUCAAUGUGGCUCUCAGUCAUUGGAUUCUACGCUGGAAUCCUUGCGAGCAAUUCAACUCACAUCCGAUAUGAACCAAGUUAUGCCGUCUGUGCAAUUGCGCACACUCUUUUACAAACAUUAGUAGAGUUCGUGUUUGUUAUUAUUGCGUUAAUUACAAUCGUUUUGUCUUACACUCUUGUAUUUGUCAACAUAAGAAAACACCAGGUCUCCGUGGUGACAUCACUGUUAAGCGGACAGCGUAGGAAUUCAAAUCUAUCCGUGGAAGAGAUCAAGAUUUCCAAGCUUCUUUUCAUGACAGUUCUCGCUUUUGCAGUUUGCUGGGUUCCAAGUUUGGUCAUAAUUACCAUGGAUCGAGCCGCCACUCACACUACCCCUCCGCGCGCGAGAACGCUCCUUUGCACGUAUCUGAACUACCUCAGCGCAGCCCUUAAUCCUAUCAUAUACGGGGUUAUGAAUCGUUCCUUUAGAGCGGAGUAUAAGAAGAUUCUUUUGUGCCGCAAAACUCAAGUUGGAAUGCCUCAAGAUAGCAGCAAAAACGCCAGGACAUUAAGAAACACUGCCCAUGCUGUGGUACUAUUGAAACGAUGCGCUACUCCAGUCAAAAAUGAGUUGGAGAUGACAAAACAACCUUGCUCUCCUUUGGCUAAACAAGAGGUUUUAGAAUCUGCGGCAUCCGAGAAUGUAGAAUUGUUGCUUGUACAAUCGCGGAGUUCGUCACCUUGUUAUGGAAAGGCUGCAUUGUCGAAUAGUUUUCGCCCAUCGUCUUCGAAACAGCAGUAA